AUGUUAAUCACCGACUACGGAAUCACCGACUACAGAAGCACUGACUACAGAAUCACCGACUAUAGAAUCACCGACUACAGAAGUACCGACUACAGAAUCACCGACUACAGAAACACAGACAACAGAAGUACCGACUUCAGAAUCGCAGCCUACAGAAUCACCGACUACAGAAUCACCAACUACGGAAUCACCGACUACAGAAGCACUGACUACAGAAUCACCGACUAUAGAAUCACAGACUACAGAAGUACCGACUACAGUAUCACCGACUACAGAAUCACCGACUACAGAAGUACCGACUACAGAUUCACUGACUACAGAAGGACUGACUACAGAAUCACCGACAACAGAAUCACCGACAACAGAAUCACUAGCUACAGAAUCGCCGACUAA